AUAUUUUCAAAGGCUUUUAAGCUUUGCUCUUACUAUUUGACCUGGCACUGUAUUUAACUAAGGUUCGUUACUUGUAGUUGGGCUGUUGUUAUACCUUGUGGUUCUGGUAAUCCCACGAAGCCUCAUAGAUUUGAGCUUGCCAUGUAUCCUACUUUGCAGGAUGGUCAGCCUUGUACAGUCAUCGCCCUUUGCAAUGCCAAAGUUGAUGAACCUAAAUUUCAUCAACGGGAUCCUGCACUCACUAUAUUUGACAAGUCUACUAGUAUUCGUUAUAAGCUUGCAUCUGCGGAUGAGGGUGACAAACAGCAGCUUCAGUGGUUAUAUAAUGCAUGCAGAGGAAUUCUCCAGUUUCAGGUUAAGCCCUCCACAGUGUCUCAUAGCCCUCUACCCUCUGUUCCAAUGAAUGCGCAUCAAACCACCACAGAAGCUAUACAACCAGCAAUUGCUAAUGGCCAGCAGAAGGCCGAAGCAAUUAAUGCAAAUGGUUGGGACAAUCCUACAAGUUCUGACACUCACAAUGGGUGGGACCUAGCUUCACAGUCAGGCGCUAGCUGUAGUGGAUGGACGGAUGAACCUGCUAAACAAGAAUACAAUGGGUGGGAUUUGCCUGAUUCUGGGUCAACUUGUAAACAAAGUCAAGCUGUCCAAACCCAUACUAACCCUGCCCCUUCCGUCCAAACAAGCGGCGGAAUUUCCGCAUCAGUUCCGUCAGCUCCACCAUUCCCUGAGGAUAUAUCAAAUGAAGGGCCAAUCCACUAUCCAUCAGUUGAAAGCAGUCCCGUGCACCUGUAUACUCCUACCAUAGAGGGCUGCGCUUCUGUAACAAGUAACUUAAAAAAUGAAGGCGUAUUGGUAACAGAUGACAUGAAAGAUGAAGGCACAUCUUCCUUAUGUGUAAUAUGUUGGGAAGCUCCAAUAGAAGGGGCAUGCAUACCCUGUGGUCAUAUGGCUGGUUGUAUGACAUGUUUAAAUGACAUAAAAGCCAAGAAGGGUGUUUGCCCUGUUUGCAGAACCAAGAUUAAUCAGAUUAUAAGAGUCUAUGCUGUCUAAUAAGGCAACUCAAAAAAAUGGAUCUGGAGUUUGUUUGUAAAGAUUGGAUUUAUUUGUUGAACUCUGAUACCGAAGCUUUUACUGAUCAAUUUAUAGGACUGUAAUUGAUUAAUUUGAAGUGUACAAAUACAAAUAGUCUGCUAUUAUGAAAAAUUCAUUCAGUUACGUAGGAGUAUUUUUGCUCCA